UCUCCUGUCGACCACCACCCCCAGGUCCUUUUCUGCCAGGCAGCUUUCCAGCCACUCUGCCCCAAGCCUGGCACUUUGCCUAAAGUUGCUGUGACCCUGGUGUAGGACCUGGCACUUGGUCUUACUGAUCUCAUACCUUUGGCCUCAACCCAUCAAUCCAGCCUGUCCAGAUCCCCCUGCAGAACCUUCCUGAAGGAGACCAUCAUUCCCAUCAGCUUGGUGUCAUCUGCAAACUGACCCCCUUUUCCAGAUUGUUGAUACAGAUAUCAAACACAACAGGCCAUGGCUGGAAAGAUCACCAAAAUCCUGCUGGUGCUGGCCAUCCUCCAGUACGGGCUGAGGGUGAAUGCCCAGGCGGUGCAGACCAGAGCAGGGGUUCUGAGUCUGCAAGAGGAGCAGCACAGCCAGACGACUUGGCUGACCAGAGCUGGAAAGAUCACCAGAAUCCUGGUGCUGCUGGGCAUUCUCCAAUAUGCAAUGAGGAUGGAUCAUCCAUCAGUGAAGGUCACGGAAGAGCUCGUGAGGCAGCAUGAGAAGGAGCGCAUUGUGGAGAUGGCCCAGCUGCUGGUGAUGGAAAAGCAGCGUGGGCUCACCCCAGGAAGAAUGCUCCUCCUGGCUUGCCAGGAGUGGUGGUUCUGGGUCGGUGCUGAAAUCCUCCUCGUGCUCUUUGGGGUCUACUGGCUGCCCAGGCAGGGAAGCUCUGACUAUGAUGAUGGCAGCCAGUGGGAAACCUCCACCAGUGACCAGGAGCAGAUAGAGGAGAAGGAGGAGGGCUCUGAGGAUAAUCCUGACACGCCAGAGAAGCCCCCUGAUAAGCAGAGAUGGGCCCUGUGGCGGAUCUUCUGGAGAGACACCCCUGUGGCCUUGGGGAGCAGCGACCAGGAAAUGUGCGGUGCUACCUCCACUCCUGGCUGAGGAGGCCAACAAGAGUUCAGAUCCCUGCUUCCUGUGCAGUCCCUGCAAAUAGUCCCAGUUGUGAUGGUCCCCCUGCCAGGAAGCGUGGAACCCUUUGUAAAUAUGUUCAUAAAAUUGGUUAUUUGUUUUAAUAAAUUCUGUUUGAGCAAGA